CGUGGAUCCUCCUAGUCUUAUUGGGGUCCUUCGAUUGACCAAUGAACAUCCAUAGACCCGUUCAGACUUGGCGGUCGCGUCCGCCCAAGUCCAAAGGAAGGUGCGUUUAGGCCCAAUGAACACUAGCGAACCCCUGAACUGGUCUACGGCCAGGCACGGGGCCGGGAGCUGCUUGCUCGAUGCAGUUUAGGGAGCGACGGUUAGCGUCCGACCUGCUUCACCCUAGCUCGCGACGAUUGGUUAGAUGCGAGGAAAUCAUCAUAAUCUGCGUGCAGCUUUCCCCUUACUGUCCACAAAAAAUACGCCAAAAUACACUCGCCGUGCCCCCGGACACGCUAGUCCAUAAUGCCGCACAUCCACUGCUCGUCUGGAGUGGCGUUUCCCUUUUCCUGCUGCCUUUGUCUCUGAUGCACCCUCUUUUUCACAACCUCCUGUCCUUCGAUCUCUAUUGAAAUCCUGCUGUUGGUGGCCUUCCACCUUUCCGAUCCUUUUCCUGCGUGUGAUUCGAAUCGCACGUCCACUCAUUCAUAUCUAUAUCCUCGAGGGGUUGAUAUAGUCCCUCGUGUCCAUUCAUUAUCGCUUUCUGGUUGUAAUUGCCCCCUUCAGCAGCAAGGUACUAGGGGGAAUUAUAAUAUUGGUGUCUUUUUUAACUCAUUCGAAUACCGCUUCUUCUUCCACGAUGACGAGAUUCUGGGCCAUCGCUGCUCUCGCAGCCCUAGCCGGCUCUGCUGCCGCCCAAACCUUUACCGACUGCAAUCCCCUAAACAAGACCUGUCCCGCGGACCCGGCCCUCGGAACUGAACACACUUGGUGGUUCAACUCGACGCUCGACUCCACGAUUUGGAAUAUGAGUACUGGAUCGAUCACCUAUGCCGACGACGCUGCUGAAUUUACCAUCUCGAAGGCUAACGAGUCCACCCUUCUGCAAUCCAACUUCUUCAUCUUCUUCGGCGUGGUAGAAUCUUGGGUCAAGAUGGCCAAGGGGGCGGGUGUCGUGAGCAGUGUGGUUUUGGAGUCGGAUGACUUGGAUGAGAUCGACUGGGAAUGGGUGGGAUACAACACCAGUGCGGUGCAGUCCAAUUUCUUCGGAAAGGGUAACACGACCAGCUACGACCGUGGCGGGACACACUAUGUCGCCAAUGCGGACACCGAGUGGCACAACUACACAACUUGGUGGGAUUCCGACAAGCUUGAAUGGUGGAUCGAUGGCAAUCUCGUGCGAACUCUGCUGUAUACCGAUGCGGUCGCUCUGGAGGGUAAGAACUACCCGCAGACGCCCUGCCAGGUCAAGAUCAGUAACUGGCCUGCUGGUCAGGAGAGUGCGGCCCAGGGUACCAUUGAAUGGGCCGGUGGUUUGGUAGAUUACACCAAAGGCCCAUUCACCAUGAGUGUCCAGCGUGUCCGUGUCCAGGAUUUCCACUCUGGCAAGGAGUAUAGCUACGGCGACAAGACUGGUGACUGGAGCAGUAUCAAGGUGACGAGCGGAAACUCGACCGUCUUGGAUGAGCUCAACAAAGCCCCUGCCAAGACUCUGGCCGAGAAAUGGGCAGACCUUGGCAAUGGUGCGCACAUCGGCAUCUACGCUGGUGCCGCUGGCGCCGGUGUCCUGGCAAUCGUCGGCUUGGCACUUGUGUGCUGGCGUCAGCGCCGGAAGGGUCGUCUCGAGCAUGCUCUGGAUGACUCGCGGUACGCCAAUGAGCGAAGCGAGAUGCAGGACUUCCAGAACAACUGGAAGCAGACCGAGUGGAAGAACGGCGGCUACAGCAAAGUUAACAACUAGCUACGCUGACACCGUGUGUGUUUUUCCUUGCUCGCGUUUCCUUCGUCCUUUUAUGUUCUGCCUAUCGUCACGAACGGUUCUGCGAACCCGCCUCCAUCUCUCUCUCUCUGUGCGUGUGCUGUCCCGGUCAUCUCAGACCCAUCAUAACUCUCCGAUAUGGCGAUGAGUUUCCGCAACUCGUCUUGGGUGCUUCUUACUUCGUGGAGUCUGCGAUUGCCGGGAAGAGUAACACCCUAAUGACCGUUUCCAUCUUGUCUCAGCGUGUUGUCGCUGUUUUCCACCUGCGCUCGUUUUAUAGGUGGUCCUUGUCUGUUGAUAUCCAUUCUUCGGUUCUUACUCUUCUUCAAAUUAUCGGUCAAAAGCCGUGGGCGCUGUACAUCGUUGCCAUAACUUCCUCACUCAUCCUCACUGUCCUAUAUAGGUCACCAUUCAUUCAUACACGCCUGAUCUGUACAUAUUUCCACCAAGACAUUGGUUUUCCUCGUCAGAGUUUGUUUUGUUUUACUAACUGCUCGCACUGCCACAUUCACUUCUCAGUAAUCAUAAGACAAUAACAAGGGAUAAGUUCCCUUACAUCGAUAAAUCGAAUCUUUAAGACCCGGGUUGCUAAAAUUAGCCCCCAAGGAGCCUCGGCG